AUGUGUAAGACUGGAUUGUGCCGCACAACCUUCAGGUUUGACAGCUUCGAUAUUCUUGGUGAUGAGGAGGUUCGGCAAGGACUGAAAGAGUACUCGAACUGGCCGACUUACCCUCAGGUCUAUGCUGCUGGAAAGUUGGUGGGUGGACUGGACAUUCUGAAGGAGCUGGCUGAUGAAGGCUCGUUGCUGGAGGAGCUGGCGAGCUGA